GGAGAAAAAGCGCCUGAAUCCGUCUCUCUCCUCCCUGUGACGUCGCUCGGUCUGGUCCCGGGGUGCGCUGCUCUCUGGUCCCGUCUCAGCAGAAACCACUUUAGUUGCUGCCUCGACCGUCCACACAACCUGCGGUGCGACGCGCGCGGUGCGGCGAGGUGCUUUACGGGCACCUGGUGUCCUUCUUCCAUUCCACGCUGCCUGUCUUAUCCCACAUAUCAGUGAACUGUUUCCACACUCUGCCUGAAGAGAGAGGAGGGAACCUCAGGCGUUGAAUAAAAGGGAGAGGACGGAAAGGAGAAGGAGAGAAAGAGAGAGAGAGGAAAAAGACAGAAAGAAAUAAAGAAAGAAAGAAAAAAAGAGGAGAAAAGAGGAAAGAGGUCGCCGUAGUCCCUCUCCUUCCCGGGGCUGAAUCUCCACCGAGAAGAUGCUGAGAAUAGCCGGCGUGUUGGCUGUAGUGGCUCUGGGGUUGAGCGCCGCUCACACCAAAGUUAAUAAACACAAGCCGUGGAUAGAGACAUCGUACCAUGGGGUGAUCACUGAAAACACUGACGUCGUUCUGCUAGAUCCUCCUCUGGUGGCCCUGGACAAAGACGCCCCCAUCCCUUACGCAGGGGAGAUCUGUGCGUUCAACAUCCAUGGGCUGGAGGCUCCGUUCGAGGCAGUGGUGCUGAACGGUACUUCUGGUGAGGGCCAGCUGAGGGCCCGCGGCCUGGUGGACUGCGAGCUGCAGAAGGAAUACACUUUCAUCAUUCAGGCUCACGACUGCGGUUCUGGCCCCAGGGGCACGGAGGGCAAAAAGUCCCACAAGGCGGUGGUGCACAUUCAGGUCAACGAUGUCAAUGAGUUUGCCCCAGUGUUUCGGGAGCCCCAGUACCGAGCCGCAGUGACAGAGGGCAAGAUUUACGACAGUAUCCUGCAGGUAGAGGCCACUGACCAGGACUGCUCCCCACAGUACAGCCAGAUCUGUAACUACCAGAUCACCACCACCAACACACCCUUCGCUAUAGAUCGCAACGGUAACAUCCGGAACACAGAGAAGCUGACCUACGACCGCCAGCAGCAGUACGAAAUCCAGGUGACGGCCUGGGACUGCGGCCAGAAGAGAGCUUUGCACAGCAUCCCUGUCCGUAUUGACGUCAAACCUGUCUGCAAACCUGGCUGGCAAGGUUGGAAUAAGCGAGUGGACUAUGAGCCAGGAACAGGAAGUAAACAGUUGUUUCCUAAGAUGCACCUGGAGACCUGUGGCGGGCCGCUGUCGUCAGUGAGAACCACAGUGGAGCUGCAGACCAGCCACAUCGGGAAAGGCUGCGACCGGGAGACCUACUCUGAGAAAUCUCUACAGAAACUCUGUGGGGCCUCCUCAGGCAGCACUGACCUUCUCCCUGCCCCCAGUGCUGCCACCAACUGGACAGCUUCCCUGGUGACUGACAGCGGCAGGGACAGUGAUUUGAUCUUCAGGUUUGACGGUCGUCAGGCGGCUAAAAUUCCAGACUGGGUGGUACCCCAGAAUCUGACAGACCAGUUCACCAUAGCAACCUGGAUGAAGCACGGACCCAGUCCUGGGCUCAGAGCUGAGAAGGAGACACUACUCUGUAACUCCGACAAGACUGAGAUGAACCGUCAUCACUAUUCGCUGUAUGUUCAUAAUUGCCGCCUGGUGUUCCUGCUGAGGAGAGACUUCACCCAGGUGGACACCUUCAGACCAGCCGAGUUCCACUGGAAACUGGAGCAGAUCUGUGACAAGGAGUGGCAUUACUACGUCAUCAAUGUAGAGUUCCCAGUGGUGACGCUCUAUGUGGACGGAGUGACCUACGACCCCUACCUGGUGACUGACGACUGGCCCAUCCACCCCUCACAGAUUGAUGUGCAGCUCACAGUCGGUGCCUGCUGGCAAGGUGGGGAGGUGACCAAGCCGCGGUUCACUCAGUACUUCCGGGGCAGCCUAUCUGGACUGACCAUCCGACCAGGGAAGAUUGAGAGUCAGAAAGUCAUUUCCUGUCUGCAAGCCUGCAAAGAGGGACUGGACAUCAACUCCCUUGAGAGUCUGGAUAAGAGCAUAAAGUUCCACUUUAACCCAGCCCAGUCUAUCUUGGUAAUGGAGGGAGAGGACUUGGAAAACAUGAACGCUGCUGUGAGGAAAGUUUCCUACAUAAACUCUCGCCAGUUUCCCACACCAGGCAUCCGACGUCUGCACAUCUCCACUGUCGUCCAGUGUUUUGGUGAAGACACUUGUAUCACCAUACCAGACAUCGAUGCAGUGGUGAUGGUUUUGCAGCCCAGUGAACCCAGGAUAACCAUCACCGGAGUGGAGAGACUGAAUCGGCCGGCCUCCGACCUCAAAGCGCCAGGAGGAGUAGCUCUGUUCCAGGACCUCCAUAUCAUCAGCACAGUCACCAGGGCAGAUGCCACCGCACAUCACGCAGCACGUGGACCCGGGGUGAUGGAAGAGAUUAUUCAUAACUUGGACUACUGUGAUGUCCUGGUGUUGGGUGAGGAGCUGAGGCCGGAGCAGGAGUCCCUCCAACUGCAGCGCAGCACUCUGCUCGGAAAACACCUCGAUGCCACUAACUCCACCUCUGGCAUGUCCAUAUAUGGUGUGGACUCCAUGUCCAACUAUGAGCAGGUGAUCCGACAGGUGCGUUACUAUAACUGGCGGCCCGAACAACUAACAGAGAGAAGGUUUCGCCUUACCUGCUCGGAGCUGAAUGGACGCUACACCAGCAAUGAGUUCAACCUGGAGGUGAGCGUACUGCACAGUUCAGAAGCUGGGGAACAUGUCAAUCACAUGGUAGCCCCGCCUCAGUACAUGCAGGUGGUCCACCAUCCAUCCAUGAUUCAUGACCUGUACCCCAGCCACAGCUCAGGCGUGCCAAGUGCUGCCACCGUGGUAAUUGUGAUGUGUAUCGCUGCUCUGGUGGUGGUUGUGGUGCUGGGCAUCUAUCGCAUCCACCUGACCCACCAGCAGGAGGUCAAGCUGGCAGAGACGGCUAAAGAGGCGGACGUGACCUGGGACGACUCGGCUCUGACGAUCACGGUCAACCCGAUGGAGAACCUGGAGGAACCCCAGGCUGCAGAGGAGGAUGCCAGCGAGGAGGAGGAAGAAGAAGAAGAGGAGGAGGAGGAGGAGGAAGAUGACGAGGAAGAGGAGGAUGACAUCACCAGCGCUGAGUCAGACGACAGCGAGGAGGAAGUGGACGUCCAGCUACCCAGGAUGCAACGCCAGAGCAAGAAGGGUCAAAACUGGGACAAAACAACAAUAUCUUAUUGAAACACAGAUUUACAGUCACUGACACACACACAUUCUGCAACACGUCCAUACUGAAAGCUCAAAUCAGAUGGUGGAAACAAAAAGACUUAAUGUGAUGUUGAUGCUCAAAAAAUGAGGUAAUAUCUCCCCCUACAGGAAGACUACACCGAAAUACAAACACAAACACAGUGCAAUGAUUUAACCUUAGCCUUGUCAGAAAACCUCCUGUUUUAUACAGCUGAUAAGAAAUAAUAUGACACAUACUGAACGUUAAUCAAAUGACUUUCAUCCUUCUUAAAGGGACAGCUCGCCAAAUUUAGGUCAUCCCCUGAGAGCUGCUUUUCCUCAAAUGAUCUCUCUCCCUCUACAGUCUACAUAACCACUAUGAUCUUUAGUGAAAUCAAGUUGUUUGAAUCCAAUUUUGUCAAUUAAACCCUGCACCAUACAUUCAGUUUGAUGUGUCAAAUUCCACAGUGAGAUUUCUGAUGUCCUAUGAAAAUGCAAAACAGUCUUUAUUUAAGAAAACUGAGUUGCAAAAGUAAAGAAUCUGAAUAUUUUUGGUUUGUAUAUUUCAUGUUAUUUAUCAGUCUUUAUUCUAGCCUACGUGGCAAAGCCAGGUGAUUUUACAGAAAUAGCAUAUUUUCAAUGGUACUAAAAAAAAAAAGAUGAUCUGUGUGUAGUCAUGUUGAACUAACUGAGGGGUCUGAGUUCUGGGUUUUUGGUUUUUGGGAAAGACGAGGAGUCCCCUUGUAAAUUUUUAUAUGCUCCUUUCUUGUAAAUAUUGAGUAUAGUAGGUGACCCCCCCCCCUACACACACACACACACACACACACACACACACACACACACACACACACACACACACUCCCUAACACCACUUUCUCCACCCAGAACCCUCCUCUGCACCUGUACAUAACACACAUGCCACCUCUUCAUAUGUAUGUACAUACCCUGAACCCUUAGCCUGCAGGAGUCUUUACUGAACUCAGUCCUCUGUGUGUGUUUCUAGCUCAGUGUUCAGAUCAUUCCAGCUGACUGUGAGUUGGGUUUGUUAGGAUGGAUGUGCCACUGCCUUCAUAGUGACUGGGUCAUUGAAAGCUGCACUAGUCAAGAUGUUCAAGUAAAGAGACAUCAGUCUUAUAAAUCGAAAUCACACUUCAGGGAUGCAGCAGAGAAGAGAGUCCCCUCACUACUCAUGUACAGACCACAAGACUUGAAAAGACUUGAAAAAUGAAAUUUUAGUCUCAGAUGUGGUCACAGCAGCGAAGUCCUAAACAACGAGUACUCAUUGAAAGCAAGCUACACUAUUAAUUCCACCAUCUGCUCCUACUAGUCAUUAAUGCUGCAUUGCAGAGAUGUUGACAAGUGAGAAAUUCCAAAUUUCUACAUGGAAAACUGCAAUGGACCUGGCCCUUCACAUUGGAAUUUCAAGUAGGAAAGUCAAUAGAUGCAAAUAUCAUAUCUUUGUUUUAGGUUUUUUUACAUAAAAAACUAGCGGAAAUGUAACACUGUUUUGAUAAGGAUCCUUUAAGUUUGGAUAUUACAGAAUUGUGACCAAAAUAUGUACUGAGUUGAACAUUUUACAGUUAAAAAUAAACUUCUAACACUAACAACAAAUACAACAGAAAAUAUUAAAGCUGAGGUGAGAAAAAUAAGGCUCAAAUAUGUAAAAAUGCAGCCUAUUUAUUUAAAUAAGAACUAUAAUAAAUGAUAUAGAACUAAAACAUUAAAUGAAGUAUGUGUAGUGUGGGCAAGCGUGUAUUAUCAACAUUAAAGCUGCACUAGUCAAUAUUUUUAUAUUAACUAUGGAUCAACAUGUAAAAUCAAAGAUGUCACUCCACAGAGGAGUGAUGAACCCACAGAGGAGUAACAGCCAACUCUGCAGUUCCCCACAGCUCUACAGAGCAUCUAAUGUCUUUCAGCCCAUUGUUUUGGUUUUACAACUCGCAACUUUAAUGUCCCAUAAAGAGCCAGAUAUUUUUCUCAGGAGUUGUUGUAAACCAAAAUAGAGCUAAAAGGGGAGUGAAUAUUGGACAGGUGGACAGAAACGCAGCUGCAAAUGAAUGCUAAUGUUGGUGUCUGCUAAAUGUUUAAAUAGUCAACAGUUUGUUAAUAUGUUCACCACAUCAACUGUAUAUGGUGAUGUCAGUGUUGUGUUUUAAAUGGUUAGGCUGCUCCCAAGUAGCCAAAAAAAAUCAAUUAAUGUAGGUUUAACACUUUUUCAAAACAUCUUUGGCAUUUCUUUACUUGUUCUUGUUACUUAUCAGCCAACAUAUGCCCAGAUACUGAUAUAUUUGUGAUAAGGUAAAAUUGUCUGAUAACAGCGGCCCGGCUAACGUGUCAGUCACGCUCUGGUGAACAUCAACACCAUAGCAUUUAAAUGUCAAAGCUGCUCAGCAUUACUUUUAUGUCCAUGAUCUCCUAAAGUAUAGUUUCUGUCAUUUUCAUUAUUUUGUCAGUAGUCUGUACUGUAAGUAGCUAGUCCCAUGUGGAAAAAUACUAGGCAAAGAAGUCCUGUUUUUUCUGAGUUGAUUACAAGAAUGCACAGAGACAGCAAUUACACUUUACCUGCAAGGUACUUUUCCAACUUCUGCCUUUGAAUGAAAUGCAGCAUUAAUGAAAGAAAUUUAGGUCUAGGGGUGAUGUCACAUUACAUAAAUCCCACUUCAUUAGCAGCUCUUGGGGCCACCGAAUUGUUGCCUGGUGCAACUUCAAGAUAAAAGGACAGAGGUGAAUGCAUUUGGCAGUGUCCCAUUUGACAUAAUCAGAAAACCCAGUCGAAGGUUUCUUCACCUUGAAGUGAAAGGGCAUUAAUCUCUGGCUGUGGCCAUCCUGAAUCCAGUCUGUAAUGUUAGAUAAUAAAGAAUCUACAAACAACAGAAGGUUUUGUUACAUGUGACAUGUGUAGUGGCUGAUAGUACAGUCUGCCACAGAUAAAUCAAGGUUUGGUUAAAGUCACAAACACUGGAAAGUUUCCUCCUCUAACCUAGUGAGCCUUUAACGGCUAUCCUGUGGGUGUAGCUGGGAGAACAAACUAUAUGUGUGUGCUGUAGCUUUAUGUUCAUGUAAAGAUGUCAUACGUUGUUUACGAGUUUUCCUCAUCUACUGUGACACCUAGUCUUGUGAUGUCACCUCCCUCCUUGCACCCCCUGGAACCUUUGGUGGAUUUUGCAUCGACCCGAGCCCUAAUGUUGUCCUGACGUUUGUUUUAGAAGAGGAGGACGGUGAAAUUAACAUGGAAACCUUGUAUAAUGUGUAAAAGUUUGGUUUUUUUUUGUUUGUUUUCUUUUUUUUUCUCUGGACUCUUUGGUCUGUUUUCCUUUGGAAUGGUCACUACAGCACUUUCUGUAAAUUGGCCAAUAAAAACUUGUUUUGGAAUCUA